AUGGCUUCGCGCACCUCCACUGUGAAAACGAAGACAAAUAAACGAGAAAGUGAGGAAUACUGUGUUUCAACUGUGCGCAACUCACCGAUAGGCGAAUGCGCAGAAUUCGUACAUUCCAACCCGGUUCCCCUAGAAGAAGACUCAGAUUCAGAUUUCAAUCCGGGCUCAUUCGUGUACGAACCAACGCGGAAGAGUAAAUCUGCAACGAAGUCCAAAUCCACAAGCGGCCCUGGCAGCCGCAAGAAGAGGAGGGAAACUGUCGAUGUCAGCGAAGACUAUCAACCUCGAAAGGAUUUGGGACUUAAACCUGUCUCUGACGACGAGGACGGUGUCGCCGAGGUCCAGGAACAACCCAGCGACGAGGUCUCUAAUGACGAAACCGAGGAAGAGCCGGAGCCACCCGUCGUACUGAACACUUUCGCCGUGCUACAGAAGCGACUCGCGUCUAAUUCCAAUCGUAUCAAUGCAGCAAAUGAAGCCGUACCUUCAUGCCACCCAGUCGACGACUCAGAGACUGAGUCAGAGAGCGAGCCUGAGUCCGUCACGAAAGCAUCACCUAAUCUAAAGCGCAAAGACUCACCGGCUGGUGCUACUUUGCCGGUCAUGAAGAAAGCUAGGGUGGAUUCCGAUGACGAUUCUGUAACGGAAGAGGAAACGGAAGAAGAGGACCCAAAUGCAGCACCAGCGACGGCGCCGCCUAAGGUGUCGGCAGACUCGGGGUCAGAAACCGAGUCAGACGCGGAGGCCGAAGAGGAGUCUGACUUGAUUCUGCGGCCACGUCCCGCGUUCAUCCUCGCCCCUGGCAAGAAGAGCGAAAGACCCUUUGUACUAGAUCCAGGUUACUCGGUCCCUUGGAAGAUCAACACGUUCUUGAGAGGCUAUCAGAGAGAAGGCAUUCGGUUCUUCUAUGAACGGUACAAAGAAGGCAGGGGCGGUGUGCUCGGCGAUGACAUGGGUCUGAAACACGGUGACAAGCGGGACAUCGACCGCCGACGAAAACACGUCUCGCAUCUCCAAGAUAUCAGUCCGGAAUGGAAGAAGCGACGCGUGCUCCCGCCAGCCAACGCUACAUGGCCGACCUGCCUGAUCAUCGCACCGAGCUCAGUGGUCGGGAAUUGGCAACGAGAAUUUGAGACGUGGAGCUACUUCGAGGUUGGAAUGUAUACCGGCACUAAGAACGAGCGCGGCGAGGUACUUCAUGACUUCAAGAUGGGCAGACUCGAUGUCCUUGUCACAUCCUUCGAGACAGCGCGCAAUGACAUUGCGUUACUCGACGAUCUUCCUUGGUCGUGCAUCAUCGUUGACGAGGUCCACCGCCUUAAAAACCCUCGCUCAGGGACUGCGUUGGCUUACGACCAGUUCACAUGUACGGUCCGCUUUGGUCUCACGGGAACAGGCAAGUCAUCUACUCCGAUCCAAAACUCAUACUCGGAGUUCUGGACGAUCCUGAACUGGACGAAUCCAGGUAAGGUAGGAACUAAGCGGCAGUGGGACAAUUACGUCACGAAGCCUCUGGGGGUCGGCCAGAGCAAAUCUGCGAGUGUAGAGCAACGCUCGAGAGGCAUUCGCGUAGCACAAGUGCUGGCAGAGAAGCUGCUCCCGCAUUUCUUCCUCAGAAGAACGAAGGACAUCAUUCGUGAACAACUUCCAAACAAACUCGACGAAGUGGCGUUCUGCCCGUUGACACCGAAGCAGAUCGAGGUGUACAAACGCAUUCUGAAUACGGAGGCCGUGCAGAACAUGAUACGGAAGGAUGAGCUUUCCCCUACGGAUACACCGGAGCAGACUGUACGGAAUCGGGAACUUGCUAAGAUGGCCUUCCCAGAAGGGUCGAUACCGAAGUAUGGGCCUGCGAUCAUGGUCCCAAAUUUAUGUGGAAAGUGGCUGGUCUUGGAGUCAUUGCUCAAAGAUUGGCGUCGGGACCCCACGAACAAGGUUCUGAUCUUCACGAAGUCCGUCAAGAUAUUGAAGAUUCUCGAUUACCAUCUUCAGGCUGAAGGCCUGGGCUUCGUUACACUCGAGGGAUCGACGAGACCUCAAGAUCGUAUGCCGCUCAUCGACAAGUUUCAUGAGGACCCGGAUAUCUUCGUAUUCUUGAUCUCGACGUUGGCCGGUGGUACAGGUUUAAACCUGACAGGAGCAAACAAGGUGGUCAUCUUCGAUCCUGCACACGACCUACAAGCCAUAGACCGUGCUUAUCGAUUCGGCCAAACUCGGGAUGUUGAAGUUUUCCGUCUGCUGGGUGCAGGGUCCAUUGAGGAACUCAUCUAUGCGCGGCAAGUCUACAAGCAGCAGCAGAUGCAAGUCGGCUACAACGCAAGUUUCCAGACAAGGUAUUUUGAGGGUGUCCAAGGCGACAAGGACAAACAAGGCGAGCUGUUCGGUAUCAAGAAUAUUUUCACUUUGCAUGAGGAUACCCUUGCUACAAAGACGGCUAUCGAGAAAGCUGUCGUCUCCGACUUCAACUGGGCUUUGGCCAACGUCGAGGCGAAGAAAAGGAAACCCAGCGCUGACUCCGACGUUGAAACAGACAAACCACAACUCAAGGAUGAUGACUUGCGUGGCCUCGACUCUUUGCUCCUGGAUGACCGGCCCGUUCAAGUCGAUCGGAAAGAUGACAGGAUACAGAGAAUUCUCAACGCUGUCGGCGUGGUGUAUAUCCAUCGCAAUGAGGAUCUGAUAGCUGAGAGCGCGAUCGAAGGACAGCGACACAAGAAUGCUGUCGAGGAGAAGAAGAAAGCUAGGAAGGCCAACGCCAAGGCUAAGGGCGGCGCAGGGGCAAAGACUGAUAGUACCCCGGGAGAGGUGUGGCCGCCGGUUCGCAGUCAUCACAGGCGGAAGAUGACGCCAGAGGAACGGAUGAGAGCUCGACAAGCUUCCAUGAUUGAGAUGGGUCACAUCACGAGUGCCGAGCAGCUCACUUCAUUCCUGAUGCAAUUCAACAAAUGGUCCGUAGGACGACAGAAUGACUUCCUUGUUGAAUUGGACCGACACCACGCUCGGGCGGGAAGGAAGCUCUGA